UCAGGGGCGAACCGUUAGCUAGGAUAGAGCUAGCACGCCGUGCGGCGCAGCGCCGUCCGAGCCGCCUAGCCAGUCACUCAGUCAGGCAGCAGUCGCCAUCGUGGGCACCCACAGCGCGGACCAGCGUCGCCAUGCUGCCCUACUGUCAGUCCGCAGAGAUGCCGCAGACGGUUCCGUCAGCCGGUUUCACGCCCCCGUGCGACUACAGCCAGUACUUUGCGGCAGAGUUAUUCGACCUGUCGCUACUGCCAGACCCGUGCGAGCUACCGUCACCGCAGGGCAUGUCAUUCUACGGAGGUCAACCGCCACAGGGGCCACCUCAGCAAGGCUCUGGUGGAACCCAGCCGGGCCCUGGGGGCCACCCCAUUAAAGAAGAACCCAUUUGGCAACAACAUCUCCCACAGCAGCAGCUGGGACCAGUGUCGCCGUCACAGCGCUGUCCGUCAUCUCCGGUCAAGCACGAAGAACAGAGUUUGGACUUGCGUGCCGUGCUUUCGGAACAUCAGAUGCUACUACAGGACAUCAAAGAAGAGCCAGUACAUCACCAGCACCAAAGAUCACCAUCACACCAGGAAACUAGUGUGCCUCUUAUGUUCCCUGAGCCACAACCUGGGCCAUCAUCUGCCCAAAGUGGGUUGCAGUCACUGCCAGUACCUGUAGCAACAGCAUCAGGUUCACGAGGUUCUGAUGAUCACAAACUGUUGAGAGAGUUCCUGAGGGAUCCUUCCUUCCAGAAAAAGUACAAUUUGAAACCUUUCGAAUUUGCUGGCCUUGGCAGUGGCUUUGUAUCCGAAGAGAGGCUCGACUUGCAGCUAGGGCUGGGUUCCACAUGUACCGAACGAAUGGAGCCUGUACUGAGAUUGGCUAUAGAGCAGCUGAGGAGAGAUGUUGGUGAAACAUGUUCACAGCUGGGUAUUUCACCAGAUCCUGUAGGCUGGUCAACUACUGACGUGCAGAAAUGGUUGCUGUGGGCAUUGCAUCAUAAUUCUUUACCUGUAAUCAAUAUGGAGUACUUUGAGAUGGAUGGUGCAUCCUUAGUACAACUUUCUGAAACGGAUUUUCAGCAGAGGGCUCCACAUAGUGGUAGUAUUCUGCAUGCGCAGCUAGAGAUCUGGAAGGUUGCAUGCCAGGACCUUGAGGGAGUAGCAGGUCCUAGUGGAUCAUCAGGACCAAUGCAAAUGCAACCUACUUUGCCUUGGAACAAUGGCAGUGGAGCUGGAAAUGCCAGUUCUAGCAGUUCAAGUGCUGGUGAGCCCUCAGAUGAUGAGGAUGAAGAGGAAGCACCAACUCCUCCACCGAUGGGAUCGACUGCAACUGGUACACUGAGCCCACAUACCGGAGGAGGGAAGGCUCCAUCCAGUCGCACCCAGGGAGGUUCUGGAGCGGGUUCAGGAUCGCACAUCCAUCUGUGGCAGUUUCUGAAGGAGCUGUUGGCAUCACCUCAGCUGCACGGAUCAUGCAUACGGUGGUUAGACCGUUCAAAAGGAGUUUUCAAAAUUGAAGAUUCAGUUAGGGUGGCUCGUCUCUGGGGCAAGCGCAAGAACCGACCGGCGAUGAACUACGAUAAGUUGUCGCGAUCCAUACGGCAGUACUACAAGAAGGGUAUCAUGAAGAAAACAGAGCGUUCCCAGAGGCUUGUUUAUCAGUUUUGCCACCCGUACAGUCUUUAAAUGCUCUGGGUAACAGCUCCUCUUAAAUGUAGAAAAGAGAGAGCUGCCUGGGGUUUAGAAGGUGUCGGUUAACCCCCCUCCCUCAGAUACUAUCGCUUAAUGGCGAAGGUGUUUGAUGGGGCAAAUGUUAUAUACUUCUGAAACAGGUGUUGUCAGAGGAGAGCAUAGGUUCUAUCUUAUGCACUACAUCUUUCUGCAUAUCUGGUUUCAGGAGCUCAGAGUAUGCCAUUGGCAAUAUAAAUUUAGGUUUAGUUAUAAGUUAAUACGAGGAGCUUAUGUCUGUCUGUCUUCUUCUAGCAGUGAUUGUUCAGCCGUGGGAGGUAAUUCUCAUUGGAGCUGACAACAUUGUUGAUGGAGGUGGGGCAGUACGUGCACUUGUAUUUUGUAUUAAGGUUCUCAUAUGUUAGUUACCGGCAAGUAAGUAUGGUGCUUGCAAUACAGACAACAUUCUGUCACGAUGCUCGUUCCGGUUUUACGGUUCUUGACGCUCGGGUAGGUUGCUGUUCUGUGCAGGCACUCUGCUGAAAGCUGGUGAUUUUUGAUCCCAUAUAUCUAUGAUAUAUUUUCCAGUACGUUCUAUGAACAAAUUACUGUAACUGAUAAUUGUAUUGUUUGUGUGGAAUGUGGUCUCAUGUGAGACACAUUGACAGUUGCUUCAGUAAGAAGCAGCUGUCUCCCCUUUAGGUGAUAAUAAAAGAUGUAUCUAUAAACUCACUUUAAAUAUGUAUAACAUAAUAAGUACACUAUAUAUCUUAUUAGUCUCUGUUCCAUUUUAUUGAUUGUGAAAGUGAUGGAGAGAAAAUUAUGUGUAUAUAUAUCAGAUGGAUUAUUUAUUUGAUUUAAUUGUUGUAUUUUAAAUUAUGAAAACUUUGAAGAGCAGUGCAGUACUGCAGUGCUGGAUAUUUCUGGUCUUUUGUGUUUUAGUGGCGAUUUUGAAGUGAAAACUUACAAAUAAAUAUUUGUGCCAAUUGUUGCAACAUAGCACCAUUGUAAAUAGUGUGUGUGUGUGUGUGUGUGUGUGUGUGUGUGUGUGUGUAUAUGUGUGU